AUGUCGAAAAGAAUACCAACAAGGGAUAUCGCGGCAUCAUUGACCCCUCCUCAUGGAUCGUCAUCAUUGAGCGACAGUCAACUCGUCAACGAAGAGGCCUAUGGUGUUGACCUGCAGAACAGACAGUUCAUCUGGUAUAUCCUGAAGGACCUCGACAAUAAAGCUUCCUUCGAACUGAGGAUAUCCUACCCUGCUACCUCGCCGGCUGACUUUGACAUGUCGGUUUGGACAUUGGAAGAGGCUCAGGAGCGGUUGCCAACAAGCAUUGAUCUUCUCGACCACUUUCCCCAGAACACGAUGUUUGCAAGGAUCAAGGCGACUUACACAGGAGUAUCCUACCUAUCAAACGGAAUGUCACCUAGUCCAGAGACACUUCCUGUGCCUUUCAACCUAGUGCUGGAGCGACUUUACUUUAUGAUCCCAUACCAAGCUCUGAAGCUCGCUGCUGUGAUUGCAGUGGUGGUCGUGGGUGGAUUAGGAUAUGUUGUUCCUCGAGUUCAUUGUGCGUUGAUUGAGAUAUCUGCCCAAGGCUCAAAAAGCAAAAAAGCGGAAUAA